AUCCUUCACAUCAAAAUUUCGAUUCACCUUCUCUUUUUAUUUCAUCGUCUCUCCUUAAUCUCUUAGGUGUAUUCUCUUUUGUUCUUUAAGAUCUAUUUUCUACUCGUAACCGACCGACCUAUCCCUAUCGCCACGAAUCGCAGAGCAUAUUUUUCAACCGACAUCAUGGCGAAACACAACUAUCCUUACAAGAAGAGCGUCAACGUCACCGUUUGGAUUAUCCAAUUCCUCGUCUGUUUAAUCCUCCUAGCUGCGUCGGGAUGGAUAAUAUGGCUUGUAGCAUCGAACCAGCACCCUCAGAAGUUUAGGGAAUGGCGAGGAAUUCUCGUCGGCGCUGCUGGCUUGCAGAUCGGCCUCGCCACCGUGAAUAUCGUGAUGAACAUAGUCGAAAUCAUCCUGAUUGCGAAGAAACGAAUGCCGCCCGCCCUAUUCCUGACGCACACAUGUUUCAAGUCCCUGGUCUGGGGUAUCCUCUUCAUCAUGAAUACCAUCACGCUGACGCUCAUGGCCGUAAUUUUAACUUUGUUCCUCUUCUUGACGUCCAUGGUCCAACUCGUCCACGCAGCCAUCAUCGUCCACCGCAAGCGACAUGGUAUUUACAGAGGCGGUCGAUACUCUCGCGCCUCAGAACUUGUCGACCCUAUGUCGGGCAUGGCCGUCGGUGUGGAAACACAGACAGGAUCCUACCACGAGACCGUCAAUACCGAGUACAAGACGCCGUUAGUGGAACCGCCAGCGGAGUACGGAAACUCGGCUACGGCUUACUCCCCACGCCAGACGAGUCCGUUGUACGAACACGACAACCGGAGCCGGGGCUGAGACGUCCCCUCGGAGGCUU